AUGCUGCGAAAAGCGUUUAUUUUGGUUGAACCAGCUUGGUGGCAAUUUUCUGAUGAUGAUUUGACCAUUGAAAGAGGACCGGGCACUUCGUGUCGAAUACAGGUUAUGCAUCCAACAUUCCAGGGUAACCAAUUGUACCGAGACGAUCAUUUCGUACGAAAUCUAACUCCAGAAGAUCAAAAACAAUUGGCUGCUUAUAACGCUGAAGUGAAGAAAUGGGACGCUAACCUCCAGCUGAGAAUUCAGCAUAUCUCUUGCUUCCUUAUGUUCACUCAGUUUUGCAUUAUCCAAGUGGCCAGAAAUCUCAAUACGCAGAACAAUGCAAACGAAAAUAAGUUGCGUGAAUCAAUGAACGCUGUUUUUGGACCGGGUGGAACAUUUGAACAAGCCAUGAAGGGUAUUAAGAACAGACCGGCACCUACAAUGAAGCCACUUCUUCCUGCUGAAGAGACUGUGCCAAUUCCAGAAAUGCCGUUCCCUAAUCCACCACCGUUUUGUCGCGACGGCCAUUAG